GUCGUCCGGGCUGGUGCCGCGCGCUCCCUCUCGUCGCUCUCUUCACCUCCCGCGCCCUGGCCGGCUGCUCGGGUCCCCGCGGACCUUGGGUCGCUUUCAGGAGUUUAGAGAAAGCAACGUCUUCAAGUUUGAAACCUUAACGAACUGCAGAGCGCAACAAAGGGAAAGGGAGCCCGGGCGUCUCCCCGCCGGAGGGAGGCCGGGGCGGCCUUGGCCCGCGUCCCCUCCCUGCCCGCCGGGCCCAGACGCGUGAGGGGACCCCCGCCCCUCCGCUCCCCGACUGAGUCUCUCUCCCUCUCUUGCCCUAGUCAUGGAAGGGGUGGAGGAGGCAGAGGCCGACUGUUCCUUAGCGUUCGCCGAGGCUCAGAGAUGGGUGGAGGCAGUUACGGAGAAGAAUUUUGAAACAAAGGAUUUUCGAGCUUCUCUAGAAAAUGGUGUUCUGUUGUGUGAUUUGAUUAAUAAGCUUAAACCUGGUGUCAUUAAGAAGAUCAAUAGACUGUCCACACCAAUAGCAGGUUUGGAUAAUAUAAAUGUUUUUUUGAAAGCUUGUGAACAGAUUGGAUUGAAAGAAGCCCAGCUUUUUCAUCCUGGGGAUCUACAGGAUUUAUCAAAUCGAGUCACUGUCAAGCAAGAAGAGACUGAUAGGAGAGUGAAAAAUGUUUUGAUAACGUUGUACUGGCUGGGAAGAAAAGCACAAAGUAACCCCUGUUAUAAUGGUCCCUAUCUCAAUUUGAAAGCAUUUGAGAAUCUUUUAGGACACGCUCUGACUAAGGCACUUGAAGACUCCAGCUGCUUGAAAAGAAGCGGCAGGGACAGUGGCUACGGUGAUCUCUGGUGUCCUGAGCGUGGAGAAUUCCCUGCCCCUCCAGGCCACCACAGGAGAGAAGAUUCCUUUGAAAGCUUGGACUCUUUGGGCUCAAGGUCAUUGACUAGCUGCUCCUCUGAUAUCACACUGAGAGGGGGACGUGAAGGUUGCGAAAGUGACACAGAUUCUGAAUUUACGUUCAAAAUGCAGGAUUAUAAUAAAGAUGAUAUGUCAUAUCGAAGGAUUUCGGCUAUUGAACCAAAGUCUGCUUUACCAUUCAAUCGUUUUUUACCCAACAAAAGUAGACAGCCAUCCUAUGUGCCAGCACCUUUAAGGAAGAAAAAGCCAGACAAAAAUGAGGAUAACAGAAGAAGCUGGGCAAGCCCCAUCUAUGCGGAAGCAGAUGGAACAUUUUCAAGUAACCAGAGGAGAACUUGGGGCUCCAGUGUGGAGAACUGGCCAACAGUACAAGAAACUUCAAAGUCCUCUUGCUACUUGGAGGAGGAAGAAAAGACAACAAGCAUACCCAACGUGGUAAAGGACGAUCUUUAUGUGCGAAAGCUGAGUCCAAUCAUGCCAACCCCAGGGAAUUCUUUUGAUCAGUUUCUUCCCAAAUGUUGGAUCCCAGAAGAUGUGAACUGGAAAAGAAUAAAACGGGAAACUUAUAAGCCAUGGUAUAAAGAAUUUCAGGGAUUCAGUAGAAAGAAUUCAGACUCUGAGGAUGAGGACUCAGGCUCUGACAGAAGCUCCACCAUUUUUAGUAAAGUACAAAAAGCAGACCAUAGACUAGACAUCAGCUGUCAAAGGCAUUCACUCUUGCUGGAUCUAGCUACUAAACGGACCGUGAGAUCACGGGACACCCAUGCAGCCGGGAGAAGCAGUGGUACUUCAGAUGAGCCCAGUCAGUUUUUAUUACUUCAGGCCUUCCAAACAUACUCCGAUGACAUCUUGUCUUCUGAAACAAAUAUUAAAAUUGAUCCCACCUCUGGCCCAAGGGUCAUAACACGCAGGAAGAAUCUCUCUUACACUCCAGGCUAUGGAAGAGAUGAUCUUGCACUGUCAGCUCUGGACCCUGACUUAGAGAAUGACGAUUUCUUUGUCAGAAAGACUGGGGCUUUCCACGCAAAUCCGUAUGUUCUCCGAGCUUUUGAAGACUUCAGAAGGUUCUCUGACCAAGACGAUCCUGUAGAGCGAGAUAUAAUUUUGCAAUGUAGGGAAGGUGACCUUGUACUUCCAGAUUUGGAAAAAGACGAUAUGAUUGUUCGCCGAAUUCCAGCACAGAAGAAAGAAGUACCUCUGUCUGGGGCCCCAGAUAGAUACCAUCCAGUCCCUUUCCCUGAUCCCUGGACUCUUCCUCCAGAAAUUCAAGCAAAAUUUCUCUGUGUACUUGAAAGGACACGUCCAUCCAAAGAAAAAAGUAGUAGCUGUAGAAUAUUAGUUCCUUCAUACCGGCAGAAGAAAGAUGACAUGUUGACUCGUAAGAUCCAGUCUUGGAAACUGGGAACUACUGUGUCUCCUAUCAGUUUCACCCCUGGCCCCUGCAGUGAGGCCGACCUACAGAAAUGGGAAGCCAUCCGGGAGGCCAGCAGACUUAGGCACAAGAAGCGACUGAUGGUGGAGAGACUCUUUCAAAAGAUUUAUGGUGAGAAUGGGAGUAAGUCCAUGAGUGAUGUCAGCGCAGAGGAUGUUCAGAACUUGCGUCAGCUGCGUUACGAGGAGAUGCAGAAAAUAAAAUCACAAUUGAAAGAACAAGAUCAGAAAUGGCAGGAUGACCUUGCAAAAUGGAAAGAUCGUCGAAAAAGUUACACUUCAGAUUUGCAGAAGAAAAAAGAAGAGAGGGAAGAAAUUGAAAAGCAGGCGCUUGAGAAGUCCGAGAGAACCUCUAAGACGUUUAAGGAAAUGCUGCAGGACAGGGAAUCCCAAAAGGAAAAGUCUACAAUCACAUUGAGAAGGAGAAUGUAUUCUUAUGAUGAUGUACUGAAUGAAGAAAACCUACCUUCUAUACUGACUAUGUCAGAAGCAAGUUACCAGAGUGACAGAGUAGAAGAGAAAGGAACAAAUUAUCCUACAGAAAUUCCUAAAGAAGAUUCUGCAACUUUUGCAGAAAGAGAGGACGAUAUAACAGCUGAAAUUCAGCUUCCUUCUAAAAGCCUGGAGGAAGAACAACACCCAGUCUCUUUGUCUGCUCAGCGUUCACUGAGUACACAAAUGGCGUCGACUCGUGUUUCAGCUUCCCUCCCUAGAAGUUACCAGAAAACUGAUACAGCCAGGUUAACAUCUGUGGUCACACCGAGACCUUUUGGCUCUCAGUCAAGGGGAAUCUCAUCACUCCCCAGAUCCUACACGAUGGAUGAUGCUUGGAAGUAUAAUGGAGAUGUCGAAGGCAUUAAGAGAACUCAAACCAAUUCGGUCAGUACCUCCGCACAACACCUUGAAGUCAGCCAGCUUGCUACGAGCUCAUCGAGCCAGAAGGAGGCAGCAGCAGCAGAAGAUGUGAUGAGGUUGCCCUCUCCUACACCCUCCUUCUCAUCUCUUUCCCAAGACCAGGCCGCCACUUCUAAAGCCACACUGACUUCACUAUCUGGCCUCGAUUUAAUGUCUGAAUCUGGAGAAGGGGGAAACUCACCCCAAAGAGAGGUCCCAAGAUCACAGGAUCAGUUUAGUGAUAUGAGAAUCAGCAUAAACCAGACGCCUGGGAACAGUCUUGACUUUGGAUUUACAGUAGAAUGGACUUUUUCUGGCAUCUUCGUAGCAUCCAUUGAAGCAGGUAGCCCAGCAGAAUUUUCUCAGCUCCAGGUAGAUGAUGAAAUUAUUGCUGUUAACAACACCAAGUUUUCAUAUAAGGAUAAGAAAGAGUGGGAGGAAACCAUGGCUAAAGCUCAAGAAACUGGAAACUUAGUAAUGGACAUCAGGCGCUAUGGAAAGUCUGACUGGGGCAAAGACCUACCUUCCCUGCCAUUUACACAGCAUAAAACUCUCAAUCUCACCAGUAUGGCUACCAAAAUUAUAGGUUCACCUGAAACAAAGUGGAUUGAUGCAACUUCUGGAAUUUACAACUCAGACAAAUCUUCAGAUCUGUCUAUGAUGACUGAUUUCUCUGUAAACCUUCAGAGUUCUAAUACUGAAUCCAAAGAAAUCAAUGGAAUUCAUGAUGAAAGUAACACUUUUGACUCAAAAGCAUCUGAACCCAUUUCUUUGAAAAACUUAAAAAGGCGAUCACAAUUUUUUGAACAAGGAAGCUCUGAUUCUGUGGCUCCUGAUCUUCCAGUUCCAGCCCUCAGUGCCCCGAGUCGCUGGGCAUGGGAUCCAGAGGAGGAGCGGAAGCGGCAAGAGCGGUGGCAGAAGGAGCAGGACCGCCUGCUGCAGGAAAAAUAUCAACGUGAGCAGGAGAAACUGAGGGAAGAGUGGCAAAGGGCCAAACAGGAGGCCGAGAGAGAGAAUUCCAAGUAUUUGGACGAGGAACUGAUGGUCCUGAACUCAAACCGCAUUUCUCUGACCACACGGGAGCCCGCUCUUGCCACCUGGGAGGCCACCUGGAGUGAAGGGUCCAAGUCCUCCGACAGGGAGGGGACCCGAGCAGGAGAGGAGACGAGAGAGCACCAAGAGGAAGUUGCUCCUGGGGACCAAAUAAAGAAGCUGCAGGAACAACGCACUGUGGAGAGGGAGCAGGAACUGAAGCAGCAACGGCAGCAGGAAGAGCAGGAGGAGUGGCUUCGGGCCCAGGCCGAGGAGCAGAAGCGCCAGGCGGAAGAGCUGAAGCGCGGGGCAGAAGAGCAGAAGCGACAGACAGAAAGGGAGAGGGAAACGUCUGUCAGAAUAUACCAGUACAGGAGGCCUAUUGAUUCCUAUGAUAUACCAAAGGAGGAGGAAGAAUCUUCAGGUUUGCUUCCUAGUGACAGGAAUAAAUCCAGAUCUACUACUGAACUGAAUGAUUACCCUAUAAAUAAAAAUGGAAGCAAUAGAUAUUUAGACCGAAUUGGAAGCUCUAGCUCUUCACAGAGGAGCUCCAAGAAGGAACAAGGACCAUCAGAAGCGGAGUUGGAGAGACAACAAAUCCUUCAGGAAAUGAGGAAGAGAACGUCCCUUCACAAUGACAACAGCUGGAUCCGACAGCGCAGUUCCAGUGUGAAUAAAGAGCCUAUUUGUCUGCCUGGGAUCAUGAGAAGAGGCGAAUCUCUAGAUAACCUGGACUCCCCACGAUCCAAUUCUUGGAGACAGUCCCCUUGGCUCAAUCAGUCUACAGGGUUCCAUGCAUCUUCCUCCAUGCAAGACUUCAGUCACCCACCACCUCAGCUGGUGUCCACGUCAAACCGUGCCUACAUGCGGAACCCGUCCUCCAGCAUGCCCCCACCUUCCGCUGGCCCCGCAAAGACCACUGCUGUGGGUGGAGCCCCCACCCCUCAAAACCAUUCCCCUUCAACUUCACAGUCAGGUUCUCAGCCACGCAGCAGGUCAGUCAGUGGGAAGCGCAUGUGUUCCUAUUGUAAUAAAAUUCUGGGCAAAGGAGCUGCCAUGAUCAUCGAGUCCCUGGGUCUUUGUUAUCAUUUACAUUGUUUUAAGUGUGUGUCCUGUAAGUGUGACCUCGGAGGCUCUUCCUCAGGAGCCGAAGUCAGAAUCCGAAACCACCAACUGUACUGCAACGACUGCUAUCUCAGAUUCAAAUCUGGACGGCCAACCGCCAUGUGAUGUAAGCCUCCACACGAAAGCACUGUUGCAGAUAGAAGAAGAGGUGGUGGCUGCUGAUGUAGAUCUAUAAAUAUGUGUUGUAUGUCCUUUUUGCUUUCUUUUUUUAAAAAAAGAAUAACUUUUCUUUCUUUUUUUUUUUUUUGCUUCUUUAGAUUAUAUAGGAACAUUGUAGUCUUGGUAGAAUCUGUAUUUUUUGUUGUUUAUUUAUAAGAAAGUAAUUAUGUGUAGGAGAAAAGUGCAGUAUUGUUGAAUUCAGCAUCUUAAAAGCACAAGGGAAAAAAUAAAAACUUAAAAAUAUUUUUGAAGCUGAAAAUGAUCUAGUUUGACUUUCUAGUGGUGUUUUGAAGAGGGUAUUUUAUCGUUUUUUAAAAAAGUUCUUAAACAUUAUUUGAAAUAGUUAAUAUAAAUAUGUAAUUGCAUUUGCUCUGUUUAUUGUAAUGUAUUCUAAAUUAAUGCAGAACUAUAUGGAAAAUUUCAUUGAAAUCCAUCCCCAAACUUGCUUUCUGUAUCCUUCCUUGCACCUAUGUAAUAUGAUUUAAAAAAUUUACUUUAUGUAACAUUUUAUUUGCUUGAUGAGGGGAGCUCUAUUUUCCUUAACAAUAGAAAGCUGCUUAUUUUCAUUGAUGAAAAAUAACCACGGUUUGUAUACCAGAAGUUUUCUCCUGAAACUAGGGAACCUUUCUGUUCAAUUGCAUUUGUAAAUAAACUUGCUGAAGCAUUUA